AUGGAGGAAAGUGAACUGCUGGAUUUCUUAUUACAAGAGGAUUUAUCUCCCAAACCAAACACUUCUUCAGAAACCUCUCGUUCGCGAUGGUUAAAGGAUGACGAUGUUUCAACAAAGACAGCUAAGAGCAAAGUUGCCCCUGAACAUGUCACUGUCAAUUCACAAAGGGACGACGAAUUUAUGGAUGGGUUUAUGGAUGAUCUGAGUUCGCUGAUAUCAGGCACAGAGAAUAUUAAGAUAAAACCUUCCAGCUCGCAAGACACAAGCAAAUUCAAGAUGAAAAUGGGACUCGAUGAAGAUAUUGAUGAGAACGCCAUACCAGGAACACGAAAAGAUGGAAAACGUCCAAGAAAAACUAAGACGGGUUCCUCAAGAAAAGUACAGUUAAAGGAGGGUCCACUAGAGGAAUUUGAUAUCAUUACAAAAACGACUGAUAAUCGUAAGGAUACUAAACAAUCUCACUUACAAAAUUUGAAUGAUAAGCUGACAAGGAGGGAACGAAAAAAGAAAUCAACUGUUUUGAAAUCAAAGGAAAAUAGUCCCAAUGGCAAUGAAGUACAGAACCCUGAUACAAAGAAGAAGCAAAAAGAUACUUUAAAGAAAUCUAAAAAAGAAACUAAACUCCAAAGUAAAGAUGAGCCUAUAGAUAUUACAUCUAAUAGAACUGUUAAAAAGGAAACUCAGAAAGAAGGAUUUAAUGCGAAUGGAGAGCCAGCAUCUAAAGAAGGGUCUGAAAAACCAUCAAAGUCCCAGAGAAGAAGAAAGGCAAGAGAAGAGAAAAAGAAAUUAGCUAAUACCAAUAAUACUUUGGAAGUCAAUAAUAUUUCUGUUUCCCAAGAUUUGAAUUUACAAGUUCCUAAAAACAAGAAAACUGAUAGAGUGAAAAAGAAGAAUAAAAAGGAUAAAAAAUUACAGCAACCUACUACUGAAGAAUUAAAUCAGUCAAAAAAACAGUCAAGGGAACCUGACACCAUAUCAAUUGAUGAACUGCCUACGAAAACACCUAAAUCGUCAAACGAGAAAAGGAAAUCGAAAGGACCGGAUAAAAUAGAGAAGAACGUUGGCGAGUCGAAUCAAAAGGAACCGAGAAGGAAAAAGCAGCCAGCGUUAGGCACCAAGAGAAAAGGGUCUUCUGGACAUCAUAUAAUCGAACCAACCAAGGCAACAGAUACAUUGCAAAAGUUUAGCCGUACUAGCGUGGAAUUUUGA